GGCGUUUGUGCGUGCGUGCGAAUAUUCCGGCACAGCUGUUUCCACGACGGGGAAUUUUCUUCUUUUUCAACCUCGACUUCAUUUUCAAAUCCAACUCCCUUGAGAACUCGCUUUCAAUUGUUUUCCAGCUCUCGCGUUGCUUGUUGUUGGUCAUACCUGCCACAUCCACACUUCCACCGCCUCACUUGCUGCUGUUUCAUUCACUUGGAGAUAGUCUACACGAAGACCCCAGUGAAUUACCACGGCAAGCUAAUACGCGAAUCUCGUGUCCUGCCUCUCAUCUUCCUUAAUUAAACUCCCCAAACAAAACUCAUCCCAGAAAGAAUUUACUCCUUUCACCAACCUUUAAACUCCAUACCAGACUCCCCGCGACGAAGCUCCCUAUAGCUCCCGUGCGUCUCUUGCUGCAUAUCUGAGCCGUAUCCAUCGUACUCGGACAAUAAUGCCUACGCCGCUCCCUUCUAGUUUUGCUUCAGCAGCUGCUGGCAAUACCCAGGAUUCCUCUACCAGAGCUGCUGGUGGAGAAUGGCCUCGAAUUCGAAAGAAUGGAGCUACGCAGACUUUCCGCCGUCCAUCUCUCGCUACAAACCCUUCUCAUAAUCGAGAUACUAGCCAAGCUACUUCGACUCCUACCACCAGUGCCUAUGUCCCUCCACAUGCAUCCUCGAAUUAUCAGUCCAGUGGCACGCGCAACGGUGCAGCCAGUGAAAGUCGCUAUUCGAAGGAACAGCUUUUGGAACUCUACAAAACACUGCGGGAGUCGGGUACUUUGGGUAGGAACCUUGCAGACUACUUCGUGGCAGACUGGGACCCUCACGUGGCGACACCCACCGCAAAUGGGGCUUGGGGGAAGCGAGAUGACCAGCGCAAUAACCAUCCUCACCCCCAUCACAAAGAUAACCAUUCUGGCCCGGAGGUCUGUUGGGAUCAUGGCGGACAGAUGGAGCCGUUGGGAUUAACUGGCAUGACCGAUGACGAGAAGGAGUUGUUUUCUGUGUCAGUCAACUCUCCUUUAAAGCCUCCCCCGACCAACAUCUCCAAAGAGAAUCCGAGCGGCGGCGUUGCAGGUCGAAAGGCGUCCUUCUCCCAUUCGCAGAACCAUUUGAACACGUUUAAUUCAUCACCUGGUGCAGGACGGCCAACUCCCAGACGCCGGGAGACGGGUGAUUCUGCAGCGAACGCGAUGUCUCCCACAACUAGCAGUUCUCGCUUUUCCCGUGACGAUCCCAUCUCGUCGACACCUUCCCUGCUGCGCCGUAAAACCGACAUCCGAGAUGCUUCGUCUAAUCCUAAACAGGAUGAUCGAGACAAGGACAUUUCCAGUCGGGAGGGAGGCACGGAUACGGCUUCCCCAUUUGGCUCUCUGAAGCGCAGUAUCACAAACCCCUUGAAUACAGGGCUGACUGGACCCAGCUCGCCGUGGCAGUCUGCAUCUCAAAGUGCGAGCUUCUCACCGAUGGGGGCUUUUGGCGCGUUCUCUUUCGGACCCAAUACUUCCCAGACCCCGACAUCAGAAAAGAAGGCGGGAUUUGGUAGUCUACGGGGAGAAAGCAGAUUCAAGGGAUUACUUUCCAAGGACAGUUCCGAGGAUAUUGGAGCGUCUGUUAAGGAGAAGUCUUCCCUUAGCAAUCUGGAACGCUUGCCGGAGGAUGGCGGUGAUACCCGCUCUCGUUCGCCUUGGGGUGAACCUGUCAAGACGCGCGCUAAUCGAAGCGAGACAAAUCCGUUUUCAGAUGAGUUACGCAGUGGGAGUGCCGCUCUCGGAGGCUCCCAGGUUGUUGUGCCCCCAUCUCAGAGCGCCGAUCCGCUUGGAUUAUCAGCGUUCGGAAGAACUGCAACCCUUACUGGUUUCCGUGAAUUGCUGCAAAGCCACGAAGGAUCUCGUAACCCAACCCCGAGCCAUCUUCAAGGCCACGAACCCGCUAGUCCUACCAAUACAAACCCUUACCAAAGCCCGCAUGGGGAUAAAACAGACGUCGACGAUGUCGAUACCGAUGGCUCUGACAUUCAGCAGUCUCACCAUCCGGGUAUCAGUGGUCUCCGUGAUGCAUCCGGACCCUUUGGUUCCCUCCAAAGGAUCGGGUCAGGAGUGGAUCUGCCUUCUGUUGAUCGCAGCCAAACGUCUAGUGUCGGGACUAACCGGGGUUUCCCGAGUCUUGGUGGUCUUGGUGGUCUUACUAGUCUGGGAGGUUCAACUGGGUGGCCAUCGAAUGCCACAGUGGGCACACCGAGCCGGGAAAGACCUCCUUUCUCCACUGGAUUCGGUGAUCCUAUUUUCGGCUCUAUGGCCGACCUACAGUCUCCAAGCUUGUCUACUUUAGGAGGUGGCGGCCUUUUCAGCCCGCAUGCCGGCGUAACGGGAACAGGUAGUAUUGGUAGAUCUAGCAAGCUGGGUUCUCUCUUCCCCACUGCGAUGCAAGAGCAGAUGCAAAAUGACCAAGCGAGACCCGACGCUGGUGGCCUGGAUGAUGGAACUAUGCAAGCAGAUCCUCAACAAUCAGAUAAACAGAACCAACUAGGCCAACCUGUAUCCACUCCUGCCACGCAGACUCCGGUUUCUGCCGUUGGAUCGAUCCCGGCUACAUUAGCGUCCUCUCUAGAUAUGCCUCAACCAAGUCAAAAUCCUGGCCAUUCUAUUAGCAACAUGACGUCUAGUUCCGUCCCCCCUGCUCAGCAACGCACUAUGGUCAUGCCGGACCGUAUGCGCUGGAUCUACCGUGACCCACAGGGCAACAUUCAAGGACCUUGGACGGGUUUGGAGAUGCACGACUGGUUCAAGGCAGGAUUCUUCAGUCCAGACUUGCAGAUCAAGAAGCUCGAGGACCCGGAAUUUGAGCCUCUGGCGCAACUUGUGCGACGAAUUGGAAACUCGCGUGAACCGUUCCUCGUCCCGCAGAUUGGCAUUCCUCAUGGGCCUGACCCUGCCGCCGCUCCCUGGUCAGGAAGCUCGUCGGGCACCGCCCAACCACCGUUCCCCGGUAGUUUCCCGAGUUUUGGUACGACGUUGACGGCGGAACAACAAAAUGCACUGGAGAGGAGGAAACAAGAAGAGCAAUAUCUGAUGGCCAGACAAAAGGAGCAUCUCGCCCAGCAACAGGCUCUAAUGAAACAGAUGCAAUUGCAAGGUCUCCCUCAUGCCAUUCAUCCUCCCCAGCUUCAGCACCAUUCCAGUGGACACAGCCUUCACAGCCAACCCAGCUUUGGAAGUAUUACCUCUCCAGGCGUCUACCAGCCAUCUCCUAUCCAGGGUCCUAUUCAGCAGCCACAAUCCAUACCUUUCUUGGAUGCGACAACACCUGUAAGGCAGACGGCGUUGCCUAGUGCACUUCCUCAGCUUGGUACCGAUCUAAUGGGCGGCCAGGAUCAGCUUCCGGCUCUUCUUGAACGCCUGAAUGUGGGCCGGGCGGAUCCAUUCGCGUUUGGCAGUCCUAGUUCACCUUUUGCUACACGCCAAGCAGAUAGCUUUCUUCACUCACAGCAAGUUACUUCCAUACUACAGGACCGGACUCGGCUUCAAAAGGAACAGGAGCAAUAUGACAAUACCCACGCCGAUAACAUAUUUGAUCAACAAGUCCGUGAAGAGCGACUUCGUCAGUUCCACGCAUUGAGGGCACAGGACGGAGAAUUUGGGAUGCGGAAUGCCGAGGGCCUUCCUUCUCAUCCCCCUACUGCUCCUUCCCAGCCGAGCGAACAGGAUAUGCAGACGCCCGAGGAAAAUGUUGCUCAGCCCUCUCCUGCUAGCAAUGAGCCUGCCCUUACGCUUUCUCAGCAAGUUAAAAAGGCCGCAUCUGCUCAGAGGCAACAACAGGAACAAGAACAGCAGAAGCAGAGGCAGAAAGAUACUCAGGAUGAGUCGGUAGUGACUUCAAAGGUUGACAGCGGUGUGCCUCAGGCGUUCCCUCCAGCUCCUUCUGUAUCUCCUUUGCCAGCACCUGCAGCGCAGCGCAAUCGUCAAAACGUCGCCGAGUCACUUGCAGCAGGCUCCAGAUCCCAAACACAGACUCCGGUUGAAGCACCUACCACGUCCAUCGCUCCAUGGGCAAGGGAGCCGAUCGAAAUUCCCAAGGGGCCAUCUCUGAAGGAGAUUCAGGAAGCAGAGGCACGUAGUGCUGCUCAAAGAGAGGAGCUUGCUGCCGCGGCCCGUCGUGCUCAGCUUCUCGCGGAGCAGGAACGCCUCAGCCAGGCCCAGGCACAGACUCCAGGCCUCCCUUCGACGGCUAACUGGGCCAGCGCUGGCACCCCUACCCCGACAUCGAGUGGUUCUGUCUGGAACAAUAAGGGCCAGGGCGCUGGUGCCGGCGGCCCAGCCAAGAAAACUCUUGCUCAGAUUCAGAAGGAAGAAGAAGCCCGCAAACAACGCAUGGCUGCGGCUGCUGCUGCCAGUGCCGCACAGAACGCAGCCACAAGCCCGGCUCCAACAACUCCUACGGUCAAACGAUAUGCAGAUCUGGCCGGCAAGGCUCCUGCACCUGCUGCAUCCCCUGCAAGUGCAAAUACUGGUGCUUGGACGACAGUCGGUGCGGGCGGCAAGGUAAAGGUACCACCUGCCGCCCCCAGUGGACCACGUUCGAGCAGUGGAAAUGUUCCGGUCACCGCAGUUGCUACAAAGCCAAAAGCAGUGGUAGCACCCAAAGCGACAACUGCUGCGGCCGUGUCAUCUUCAACUCCCAACCCGAACCGCGCCCUGGAGGAGUUCACUAAAUGGGCCAAGCUGACUCUGGGCAAGGGUCUAAAUAGCGGAAUCAAUGUUGAUGAUUUUGUUCAACAGCUACUACUUUUGCCUGCCGAAGCUGAAAUUAUCUCGGAUUCCGUAUACGCCAACUCCCAGACUCUCGAUGGCCGACGGUUUGCGGAGGAGUUCAUCCGUCGCCGUAAGCUCGCUGACAAGGGCAUCGCCGAUCCGGUUAGUGUCAGCGCAUUUGGAGACCAGAACAAUUCGGGAGGCUGGAGUGAGGUGGCCAAGAAGGGAUCUUAUAAUGCGCACAAGGAUGAGGAUAACAGCAAUGCAGCAUUCAAGGUGGUUGCUCCCAGAAAGAAGGGCAAGAGGUAGAUCUAAAGGGGAAAUGUUUGAAUAUGCCUGGAAUGAGUUUUAUUUUGCUUGUUGAUAAGUCUGCAUAUGCAUGCCACUUCGGCAGGAUAUGGUGAUCUAUAGGAUAAAGUGGAAUUAUCUACGUGUAGUGAAUCAUGGUAUUUCUGGUCUUUUCUGUCUAUGCGACGGAAGGAUACUUAAGGCGAGCCUCCUAGAUAGUUUAGAAGAACCAGGCAUACUUUUUGUUUUCGAGUUUGCUUCACUUGUAUCGUUAUCGUCGUUGUAUAGUACGGAGCUCAGCUCCAUGAUCGUUGCAUCUUUUCUUUUGUUAUAUUGUUUCCUUAUUAAAACGUCCUUCGCCGUGUUGUAUUGCGGCUUCGUUUCAGUACAUACAUCCCCAAGAUCCCUCAAUCACAACCCGGUUGCUU